CGUAAUCUGUUUGACUGGUUGAGCCCCUCACCUUUCGAAUAUGCCACUCUUGGUUCUGCCUUAUGAGUUCGGUACUUUGCAGUUUACAUGUCGGUAUAAACCACAAUAAACAAGUCGCUGCAGAUUAAUCGACGAAGUGUUUCUGAGUGCCUCAUUUUGCAAAUUGAACAUCAUGGACAUUACCAAAGGACCACAUACGCCACUGAUGCAAGCUUUACGUGUUCUGUGAAUAUCUACCAACGAUGCAUCGUCAGGGGAGCCAAACAUCCAGCGCCAGCACUGUCGAACAUCGCAGGUGUUGCAGAAAUUUUCCUUACGACUUCGCGCCCUGGAAAUUUGGUCACGCCAGAGGAGUACGGCUCCAACUUGAUAUUUCUGCACCGAAUGAAUAUUCAGAACCCACCAGUACUACUAUCAAGGCGCCGAAAGACCAAGAGACCCAAGGCAUACUCAAGGUGUCCUCAAGACGACGAAUACGGAUCUGUCUGCGAUUACGAAUCCAUCCUGCUGUGGAACACGCGUUGGUUGUUCGCGCCCGAGUGGACCAACGAGGAGGGCGUGUCGGGGCUGAUCGCGUGCGCGCCGCGCGACUGCUUCGUGGCGGUGGCGCCGACGGCCGUGCCGCCCGAGGCGUUCGACGCCGUCGUCUUCGACAUGAGCGACGCCGCCAACAGCCCGUACGUCUUCCUGAUGGUGCAGUAUCCGAAAUCGGUGGCCUCGUGGGAUAACUGGCUCUUCAACUGGACGAUGACGUACCGCCUGCACUCGGACGUGCCCUUGGCCGUGGGGCGGGUGGUGCCCAGGGCGGGCGCGCGGGUCCCGGAGGCGGGCUGGAAGCAGCCGACGGGCGAGCACGCCCCUAAGAUGGACAACAUGACAUCUGACGCGGAGGUGCUCACGUGGCUGACAUCAUGUGAAAUGGAAGAAGAAAAUGCUAUGUACAAUACUCUAAACUUCAUGCAGACCUUGAGCACGUUCGUGAAAAUAAGGAUAUUCCGCUUGAGAGUAGACUUCUGGUCGAAAGAGAUGUGGCUGAACUUUUACACUUACAUCUCCACAACGAAGUACAAAUUCUAUCUCGUGUUCGAGUUUCCACAAUGCAAUGAUUUUAAUUUAUACAUCCCUGAAGUUUUGAAAAAUAGUGAUUGA